CAUUCUGUCGGUUGUCACCCUGUUUAUUACAACAGUUGAUGGAGUGGCAUUUCGUCCACUUAUAUUUUUUGCGAAAAAUUCUUUUCCAUCGCAAACGGUUUUAUAAACCUGCAAUAGAUUUGGAGAUAUACGAUAUAUGAUGAUUUAAUACAUUUUGCAUAGCGAUUAGUCAUCCGAAAUAGGCCUAACAAGCACCUGCCUUUCACUUUGUCAGCAGGACUUUCCGUCACAACAUUGAAAUCUCUUCAACACAUGAUUGGCUGUCAUAAACCAUUUUUGCGCAAAAUAUAUAAAUGAAAAAUCAUUUUAUAAGUAAAAUUUACCCAAAAAUCGAUUAUUGUGAAGAAAAUUAUCAAGCGCGAUAUGUUGUUGGAAUUGAGAUAUUUUUCUCCCGUCUGAGCCUCAGUCUGACAUCAGUCUUGGAGCACUGAAAAUAUUUGGACGCCAUCUUGCAGAAGAUAACUGAUCAUCAUUGUGGGAUUUUCCGUGGAUAUCUCCUUCCUUCGGGAUGGAGGAGACUAAAAUUAUUUACUACAUCGAUGAUGAGGAUACUCCAUAUUUGAUAAAAUUACCGAUACCCGCCGAUCGUGUCACUUUGGGUGAUUUCAAGAAUGCUUUGAACCGUCCAAAUUAUAAAUUCUUUUUCAAGUCUGUGGAUGACGACUUCGGUGUUGUUAAAGAAGAAAUAAUUGAUGAUGAGACACGGUUACCAUGUUUUAAUGGGCGAGUAGUGUCAUGGUUGGUGCCAGCAGAGAGCAGUACUUCGGAUACCCAGUCACAAUGUACCGAUUCACAGUCUGGGGACGUCCAGAUGCCGACCGAAAGGCUGGGUGGCAUUGGCGACAGUCGGCCGUCAUCUUUUCAUGCAAAUACAUCAGUUGUAAGUCGAGAUCAGAGCUGUGACACAUGUACAGAGACAGAUUCAGUGCUGAGUUCCCGACGAGAUCGACCUAGAAGUUCACGCCAUACUCACAACAGUUUUAACCACAGUUAUCGAGACCGUCGUAACCAUAACGACCCCAAUGCUCCCCCUAGGAUCAAUGGCCAUAGUAAACAUCACAGAGACCGAGGUCACACCUACGACUCGUCAACAGUACUCAGUAGUGAUAUCGACACCACCAGCUUCUUUGACUCCGAAGAUGACAGCAGAUUCUCAACAGUCACAGACACCACCAAUAGGUCGUCAAAAUAUGGUCGACACCGACGAAGACGGCGGAAACACCGACUCCCUCCUAUCAGCAGGGCAUCUUCAUUUAGUAGUAUAACAGAUUCAACUAUGUCUCUCAACAUCAUUACAGUCACGUUAAAUAUGGACACAGUGAAUUUCCUUGGUAUCAGUAUUGUCGGUCAGAGUAACAAAGGUGGGGAUGGGGGUAUUUACGUCGGCUCAAUAAUGAAAGGGGGUGCUGUAGCCCAGGAUGGCCGGGUGGAGCCUGGGGACAUGAUCUUAGAGGUCAAUGGGGUCAGCUUCGAAAACAUGAGUAAUGAUGACGCUGUCCGAGCUUUACGGGAAGCUGUCCAAAAACCAGGUCCAAUUACACUAGUCGUUGCCAAAUGCUGGGACCCAAAUCCUAAAGGUUACUUCACAGUCCCUCGACAGGAACCAGUGCGGCCAAUUGAUCCAUCUGCAUGGGUCGCCCACACGACAGCAAUGAGGGGCGACUUCCUUUCACGGGGUGGGCCGAGUCCUUCCCUCAGCAACAUGACCUCCACUAGCUCUUCACUCACUAGUUCUAUACCUGAAUCAGAGCGAUUUGAUGACUUAAACCUCACUAUCAACACUGAUAUGGCAACUGUUGUCAAAGCGAUGGCACAACCCGACUCUGGACUAGAAAUCCGAGAUAGGAUGUGGCUCAAAAUAACCAUACCAAAUGCUUUUAUAGGUUCAGACUUAGUAGACUGGCUCUUCACACAUGUAGAUGGGUUUGCUGACCGAAGGGAUGCUAGGAAAUAUGGAUGUAAUUUACUUAAGGCGGGGUACAUCCGACACACUGUCAAUAAAAUCACAUUUUCGGAACAGUGCUACUAUGUGUUCGGGGAUCUUUAUGGAAAUGGACCCGUUUAUCCAGAUUUAUCGACGUUGAGUUUAGAGGAUGUGGACUCUGUAUCGGAGGCUGACCGUGACACACUUGCCCCCCUGCCUCCCCCACACUGGAACAACCAGUACCCUUACGGUAACACCAGCUACCUACCCACCAACCUCAGCUACAUCCCGCCCUACAGUUACACCAGUACAGACAGCCAGAGCUAUGUCGGAAGCUUUGUGGACGGUAUGGACAAGUCUGUGACAGGUGGUGGAGGAAACAACAGUGCAGGCAGUGUACAUAGUGCAUCAGUUGUCCAAAAAGAUUGUGCAUGUAUUGUCAGUACAUACAAUCAUUUGAAAAAACUUUGGGAAAAUAAGGAUAAACAACAAUUCAACCAGCUCCAGCAACAGCCAAACUCCAUGGUAACCCCAUAUACGGACUCCAUGGAUUUUGCAUGUUCACGGACCUCCACAGCUAGUUCUGGAAGCAGUGCAUCAGGAAGUAGCCGAAAGGAAAAGGAAAAAUCGGACAGGAAGUCGGGAAGUCCCGCUGGAAGUGGGGGCAGUGAUACGGAGACAGCAAGUCUAGCAAGUGCUCGGCGUGUACAAGUUGUGCCAGCCCCGCCAUCAACAAACAUGAUGCCCCCAAACAUGAUGCCCCCAAAUAUGAUGCCUCCAAAUAUGAUGCCUCCUAAUAUGAUGCCUCCGAAUAUGAUGCCUCCUAAUAUGAUGCCCCCAAUGAUGCCCGGACAAGCACUGCCUCCUCCCCCGAGAGACUUGUCUAGUAUGCCACAGGAUUUAAGUGGCAGCAGACAGUCUUUCAAAAUGGCUAUGGGAAAUCCAUGUGAGUUUUUUGUGGACGUCAUGUGAUUGAUCAUGUGGCCCCUAUACAGCCAAUCAGCUAUCAUUAUUAUUUGCAUGCUGAAAAAACACUUGAUUUUCAUAUACAUUUUUUGUUUGUUUGAGGAUUAACUAGAAAUUCAGAGAUCUGAUUUCCAGAAUGGGAUAUUUUUUUUAAAUAUGGAAAGAAAUCAUUUAAGGAAUGAUCAUAUAUGACAAACUGUCAUAUUUGCACAGAAAAUCUGAUUUUAUAAAUGAAAAUUUUGGCCAUUGGAAUGAGGCAGUACAUGACAGGAGAAUCUACUGAAAGAGAAAAAUGGACAGGAAUUUUUUGUUUUCUUGUGUGAUAAUGUAAAAAGUAUUUAUGAAUGUACAGUUUACUCAUUAGUCUGCAUGACCAAGUCCCGACAUAUCCUCCUGUAGUUUAUACAACUUGUAUACUUCAAACUGUAUGCUAAUGUAUCUCCAACUGGUUUUGAGCAUGUUUGCAAAUGUAAUUUAUUUUAGAAGAUUUUGUGAGCGGAAGUGAGCGUGACUUAUGUAACACAGAAUUUGAAUGACCUUUAACCCUUGCAAUCGUAGCCUUGUUACAGGAAAUCUCUCGGUUAAACAUUUUGAGAAAGCGCUAUGAUUGGAAGGGUUGUAUAACAUGACAUUAGUCAGUCUUGAUGAUGGCUUUAAGCCUAGUUGUCUUCUUACUUUCACUUUAGGCGAUUCAGUCAUCGACUCAUGACCUCUGAUCUUCACCCUGACCCUCAUCUCCAUGGUUACAGCUUCCUUCCAUGAUCGUCGCAUUAGCUGGACUAAGGCCUGUUUCUUUGCGUGCGCGUUCAGUAUGGGCUGAUAGCAGGAGGCACCUCCUGUUACCACGGAAUCGUGCUUGGUGCUUUUAACUACUAAACCUUCAACAGCAGUAGGCCUAGUCGCUACAGGUCAUGUGACUCGUCACAUGAUCACCUUGGCUCCUCCUUCUUCCUGGUCCACCUCGUCUGGAGAUCGUAAAUUUUCUAUUUGUACUCUGAAUGGUUGUCGCUGUCUUCUGUUGAAGUCACUUUUGAUUAAUUUUAUAAUAAUUUACAAACACAUUUUUAUUAUUUUAAUGAAUUUCUUUUGAGUGAUUUUGUUUGGGUAUCUCGAAAUUGCAGUAAGGUCCUGUGUGCAUGAAAUUGUUGUGAUAAGCUUGCCUUUCAUUAAGGUUCUCAGUUAUUCGGUAACCGUCUCAUUUACACUCUGGGAGAUGCUAGAUUGAUUCAUAUUGCUGUUAAUUUCUCUCAUCCUUUCUUUCAAUCUUUCUUUGUCUUUUCUUUCUUUGUGUAAUCUUUCUCUGUCUCAGCAUGUUUUUGUGUUGUUUCCCCAGGGUAGUAUGAAGAGAUUUGGUUUGCCUGCAUAACUUGAUGUGGCAUGAUUAUCACAUAGAUGGGAGAUAUUUUAUAGAAAAGAGAAAUAAUGAUUUUUGUUUUGUUUUUUAGAAAAUUAUUAAAACUGGUUGUGAAAUGUUUUUUAUUUUUCAAGUUGUCAAAAUGAAAAUAAUGACUUCAAUAUUUACAUAUUCACUGCUGAUUUUAAUUUGAAAACAGAGUAAACAAUUUUAUUCUUAUUUUUCUUCUUAAAUAUUUUUUUCUUCAUUGAAAAUGAUGUCAAAUGGUUCUGAUGAAAAAGAAGCCAAUUUGAUGGCUUAGUGGAAACAUUGCUUUAGCUGAAUACCAUCAAGAUUGUAAAUACACAGUGGUUGUUUUGCACACAUGCAUUUCUACAGAAUAAUGUAUUGCUAUAUUUAUUUUGCAGUUUUCCAAAUUUGUUUUUGUUUACUUUUACAAAUUUCUUUUGCUAUGCUAUUUGAAUUGUUUAAAUUCAUGACUUUUUAUUUCAAUGAAUUCUAUUUUCAGUUAUUUUAAACCAGACAACCUGUAUAUUGGUUAAUGCAACACAGAUUAAUGUUUGUUUUAAUAACAAAAAAUGUUUUUUGCCUUGCAAAUUAUUUUACAGUUCCAACAAGAAAUGGUAAAAAAGAAGACAUUUUUAAAGUUUUUAUUGUUCAACUGCCCGGGUACUUGCGUAUCAUCUACAGCAAAUACUGAGCUUUUUGUAUACCUGUAAUUUUUCAGCAGAAUUUAUGUUUAUGGCUUGGUGAGAGAACCUGUAUUACUGUAACAGUAUAAUUAAGUUUACACACUGAAUCUGGAAUUAAAUAGAUUGUAAUAUUGAUUUAUACAUUGUCAUCCUGAAAUAACUCAAGUACAUGUUGGUUUUCUAUAAAAAGUAGUGAAAUGUGAACUCCCAAGUUAUGCAUGUAUCUCUGGUUCAACAGCAUACACAAGGCAACUUGUUGGUGUAGAUUGUGGAAGAAUACCUCUGUAUUUCAGUUUGGGUAUCUUGUAUGAUAAAUAUGUAGAAAUCCAUUUUCUGAUACAUUUAUAUCCCCUGGUUUGAAAAAUAUUUUACUAUGGAAAAUAAUAUUGUCAAAAAAAAUGUAUUAGCAUAAUGUUUAAUUUUAAAAUCUGAGGAAGAAACUUGAACUAGAAAGUAGAAAAAAGAUAUUUUUUUACCACAAGGAAUUACAAUGUUAACUUCUGUAGUUAUUCUGUUUAUUUUUGUCUGAAUAGAGGAGCCGCGGUGGCCGAGUGGUUAAGGUGUCCUGACACUUUAUCACUAGCCCUCCACCUCUGGGUUGCGAGUUCGAAACCUACGUGGGGCAGUUGUCAGGUACUGACCGUAGGCCGGUGGUUUUUCUCCGGAUACUCCGGCUUUCCUCCACCUCCAAAACCUGGCACGUCCUUAAAUGACCCUGGCUGUUAAUAGGACGUUAAUCAAAAGAAGCCAAACAACCAAACUGAAUAGACAUUAUUUGCAUAUGUAACUGACAUAAAAUGUACAAGAUUUGAUUUUUUGACAUGAAAUAUACCAAUUCUGAUUGAUGUCAUUGAUAGAUUUUAAAUAAUGAUGAAACCAGAACCCAGUUUUGCCUAUGUAGAUGAUGUGUAAUGUAUUCUAGGCAUUAGCUUCUUACUACACUUUGUGUUGUUAAAGAGUAUUAACAAAAUUUACUGCUGAAAAUCUUUGCCAUAAAUAAGCAUAAGGAUGGAGUUGGUUUGCCAAAUUGUCUUUUAGCCAAAUUGAAAUUAUUUCCUAUAUGAAUUGUUUUAGCUAUUGCAAUUUUUUGUUUUGUCAAAAUCAGGCAGAUACAGUUUUUUUUUUUUUUUUACGCAGCAUAGUUGACUAUAACUUGAUAGAAAAUCCUGUUAUAACUAACGAUCAUCUGAGCUUACUUUGAUGUAAAAGUUUAUGCUAGCGUGUAGUAUGGCAGGCAUUAUUGGUGUAUCAUUAACAAUAUCACAACAGUAUUGAGACAUAUUUCAUAAAAAGUGAAUACUGGAUCAUCCAAAGACCAUCCUCGGGUGGAUAAGUGUGUUGAAGGACAAGUUACUUAUAGAGGACAAGGGCGAGAUGUACUGAUGAGCCAGUAUUGGCAAAAAUAGGAAAGCGGUGCUUAUGGUUGUGUUUGUGAAGGAGGCGCAUAAAUGGUGGAAUAUAUAUAUUUGUUGUCAUGAAACCAAAUGCAGAAAAAAUGCAAAUUUGUGAUGGAAAGUAGGUUUGUGUGUAUGUAAAAGGCUUGUAUGGGUUGAGAUAGUAGGCUGGAUCAGUCGCUGUGUUAUAUAUACAAACACAACAGGAACAUGUCUUCUGAAAAAAAACUUUUUAUAUCAUUUAGCUUUAAGUGUGAGCAUUACCUUAAAACCCUGUAUGCAGAUGUGUGUAACUUAGGAGUGUGGAUAGAAUACCCGAGGUGAGAGAGACGAUUAAAAGGUUGAUACAUAGAGUUUUGACAUGUCACUCGAGCUUUGCAUGUGACUUUCUGUCCAAUGUCUUCUGCUAAAUAAUUAGUUUUUGUUUCAAAUUCUCAAGAAGAUGUGAACUUGAUGUCCCAGUUAACCUGACUUCACCAUUUCUGGAGAUACUUUUUCGUGGAGCUGAAAUUUGAUUUUGAAAAUCUCACAUUUAAUUAGUAUUUAGUCCAAGUGUAGUGUGAUCAUGGUGCUGCUUGGAGUGUCACAAAAACUCAUUACGAAACAAACUUUUCAUUUUAUGAAAGAUGAUGUGUUAUUUCCAAUUUGUGCAAUAUUUUGUAUAUAUGAAUCAAUUUUUUAUUGUACAUACUGUACAUGGUACUCUGUUUUUAAUCUCUAUGGUAUAGAUACUUUUAAAUCAGUACAUUUUCAGUCGGACUUAAUUGAUGUUAGGAAAUAACACUGUUCAUUGUUAUUUUGUGUAUAGUUUAUAUACUACUUUCUUUAAUGUCUAUAAUUUUACUGAAAUUUUAACUGAUAGAUUCAGUCAUUUUUAUUCAAUUUCAAAAGUUGAUGAACAUUUGAAUUUAAUUCAGGGAACUGGAACUUCUAUUUUGAAUUAUUCAGGUUUUAAUGCUACCAUUUUUUUUUUUUAUAUAUAUAUAUUUCUUUUUGUUUUUUAGGUCACCAGAGACUGAGACAAAGUCUCAAGUGACCUAUUCUAAUCGCCUUUUGUCCAUCGUCAUCCGUCGUCCGUCCGUAAACACUUUACAUUUUCGACUUCUUCUCCAAAAGCCCUUAACCAAAUUUAACGAAAUUUGGCAGGAAGCUUCUUUGGCUAAAGGUCAACCAAAAUUGUGAAUUAUAUGGUCCCCACCCCCCAGGGGCUUGUGGGGCAGGGCUAAAAAGGGUCAAAUUGACUAAAACUUCAAAAAUCUUCUUCUCUACUCUCAGAUAUGGUGGAAUCAAACACUCUUCAUAGAUGAAAGGGUCUUAAGGUGCUUAACCAGGGGUCUCACGUUUGCCCCUGGGGAGGGGGUAAACUUUACUAUAGUUUAUAUUGGGAAAUCACAUUUUUGACUAUAAUUUGUUUGAUUUCUAUUGGAAUUCAUUCUAACUUUGUUAACAUUAUCAGCAUGGGAUGACAGCUUAAUGGUAUACACAUGUUGGCCCUGACUGACACCUAGGGGCAAAUAUGCGGGGCCAAAAAGGAUCAAUUCAAUUAACUUAAAUAUUUCAAAUCUCAGGUGACCGUUAAGGCCCAUGGGCCUCUUGUUUAAAAAUAGUUCAGUUUAUUCAGUGUGAAGAAAACCUAUUGUAAUAGUCCUUGUUCUACAAAUUUUGGAAUGAUUUAGUCAUUUCCACUACUUUAUCCUUUUAAUGUGACUUUUUCAUCGAUUUAGGUCCAAUUUGACACAAAUUUCCAGGUUGCUAUUAAAGCUGCCGGGGCCAAUGUAAUUUUACACCGAGAAGAUCAAAGAAUGAAGAUUUUUGGACAACUGUGGUGGUGUCAUUGUGUGGAAAGUGGAAGUCAUAUGCUAAGCUAUCAUGUUGACCAAGGCAUUGUCUCUGAGAACUGGUUGUGUAUAAAUGAUAUAUCGUCCAUAGCAUAGUCCAUGUGUGUAUAAAUGAAAAGUGUAACUGUUGCAAGAAAGUUUGAUUUGUGAAAGAUACAAAUGCAAGGAGCAUAAAGAUAAUGACCGGCCUAGGUUAAAUUUAAAUGUCAAGCUGACAUAAUUGAAGCAUGUAACAUACAAUUUUAAAUAUCAUUUGUUUGUAACAGAGUGUUCAUAAGCCAGAGGAUUUCUGGUGUCAUGUUUUACAAGUUAUGGUUCAAAGCUAUCGACCGUGUCCAAGCAUCACCAUGGUUACUGUACUUGGUUGGUCCCCCCACCCAGAUGUUUUGUACAGAAUACUUGACGGUAGAUGAUUGUGUAAAUGAUAUCGGUCUAGUGGGCCGAAAUAAAAAUGCCCAAUAUAAACUC